AUGAAGGGAGGGUCCUCCUGCAUCUGGCUGGUUGUCCGCGAGACAACUACGUCUGCUUUAUCCAACGUGCCCACCUCCUUGGCAAGCCCCAUGCCCCCUGGACCGAAGGAUCAACUUUUACUCUUCCCAUAUGGUCAGCUCGCCUCUCGACCCGCUGCAACUGUCUUCUUUGAUGCCAGUUUCGUGCCCACCAAUGCCUCUGCGGUAUUCACCUGCCCUUCUUCAGCGACCACCAACAGUGACCAGCUCACCUCAUGUAUUCAAUAG